AUGCCUCCUGAUCCCAUCGCAGAACAAAAUCUGAGCGCGAGACUCCCCGAUAUUGAUCAAUUGGAUCCAUCUUCGUCUGCGGAUAGGGAUAGACUUCUCGGUUUUCUCGCGGAUUGCACUCCUCGUUUCCCGCCCCCUGAAAGACUCCCGUGCGCCAAUGUUCAAGUUCACCUUUACAAAGCGUAUUGCAAGAACCCCAUGAAGUCGAACACUUGGAAACCGAUCUGGGUGCGAGAGGGUCGUCAACCGAGUUGGGGCAAUACGCCAGCCUUUGACCUCAUCAACCUUUCGGCGAAUGAGAAGGACUCCAAAAGGGAUUUUUCCAUUGUGUUUCCUGCCUCCGGCGACCUUCGUCAUGUUGUAAAGACUAUCAACAGCCUUCCGGACGACUACACUGGUAAACUGGAUGUGUACCUCAACGAUGGCUGUGUGCCCGUCGUCGCACGCAACCUUGUCCUACUUCUCCUUCUUGGUACAAUCACGGAUCCAGUUCUCGCAGCCAACGUCGCCAUCCACUUCUGGUACUCAAUCUGCAUGCCAGUCGAAUACAAGCAGAAGAUCUCCGUCGCCCUCUUGUCGUUCAUGAAGACACUUGGUGCUGCCGACGGUAGAUCGGACGUUCCGACUCUCCUCGGUGGAGGCUCGUCUGAGCUCAUUUUCGCCGUCUCAGGCGAAGAAUACGAGAAAUUGAUGAUGUGCUUUCAGUACUACCUCGUUCCCGAAGCUUCGACGGAAUCGGUGCAACAAGCGUAUGACGCUGUUCGGAGGGCCCCUUCUCGAGCGGACUUUAGGGACCGCAUGUACGCGAGGCUGCGCCCCUCGCACCGUGUUGCGUUCCAGGAAUACCGGCUGUUUGGGAUUGUUUUGCCGUUUGGAGCUGUGAAUGCCCACUUUAACUAUCCUAAUCGGUCUCUGUUCUCCCCUGGAGGGGAGUGGCUGCAAAAAGACUAUGCGGAUCCGUUGUCCGGUUGGGACACGCGCGAAGUAAUUGCUACAGGGAAGAAAUACGGCGCUCAGUCUGAAGACAUUUAUGGAUGCCUCUACUUUCAUCUUUCUGAACAACUUCAGAAGUUCUCCAGGAGGCUCCAAAAAUUCAGGGUUUCCUUCAAGUUAUCCUCCCUCGAUGCGACUGAACUUGCGAAGACGCUACGUGCAUCACCGACGCCCGUUCGUUUUGAUCGAAUCUCGGUUUCCAAUAUUUUUGACGAGCAGUAUGUUGGUUUGCGGGGGGUUCUGGAGAAUUGGGCCCCGCUUUUGGCGGACAGUCCAACGGCUGCUAUCGUUGGCUACUUUAUGAACUGGCCGUUCGGUCAGAAGGGUGGUCGAGUUGUGGAUGCCGGGCCUCGAUCGAGGGUUGUGCGGGAGGCUAUGGAGAAGUUGGGAGAGAAGUGGAAAAGUCGCUUGAACGGCGGAAUGGAUCCCGAGACGGCAGCGACUAUGAUGUUUUGUUUCUUGGUUGAUCUCGACAGCGUUUACGACAACUCUGCACCUUUCGAUGCGUAUCUGAAAGCUAAAGGAUUGGGCGAGGUCUUGAAGAAGACACGACUGAGUCUGAGAGAGAAGCAUGCUAUCGUCCCUCAUCGACUCGGAGUGCCCCUUGGUGCACCGGUGAACGCCGUUCCUGAUUGGCCGGAUGAGGAAAGUUGGUACCAGGCGACGAAUUUGGUCUCCAAUACCUGGUGCGAGCGGUUUGUCGAAUUCAUUCACCAGAAAAAGUAG